AUGGUCUUCAACACCUACAACGUGGCAACAACCAACCUCGGGCCAUCGGCCCGGCGGAAGAGAGAAAAAGGCGGCAGUCAGGAGGGCACGAGCACGGCGCUUUACGUCGACCGUCGCAAGUCCAAGGUGUGGAAUUAUUACACCAAGUUGGGAGACGCCUACGUGGAGUGCAACGUCUGCAAGAAGCAGCUCUCCUUCCACAACAGCACCACCACCAUGAGGGAGCACCUGGUGAGGAAGCACAGCAUCCGCGACACCUUGCUCUCCCAACUCAAGGACGAUCAGGUUUCUGAAUCUGACUACGCGGCUCAGGAAAACGCCGUGAAACGUUCCCGGCAGAUGACACCGGAAAGCGGAAUCUACCACGUCGCGUCCUGCUCGGAACCAAGGAGCGACGUGAUCCUGGAGCUGGUGUUGGAGAUGAUCUUCCGUGACUUGCAUCCUCUCUCCAUGGUGAAGGACAAAGGGUUUGGGCUUCUCAUCGGGUACCUGGAGCCGAAUUUCGCCCUCCCGUCGCCCGUGCAGCUCUCCAGCAUGCUGUGGCACAGGUACAACGUGGUCAAACAGCACCUGGAGCGUUACCUGCAGGCGGCUCAGGCCAUCGUGCUCUGUGUGGAGUUCUGGGCUUCCCAGCUCAGCCAGACCUACCUGACCAUCACCGCCAACUUCAUCGACGGGGAGUGGCGGCGGGCACGGUGCGCGAUGGAGACGCAGCAGGCCCCCGAAGACAAAGCGGAGAGCAAUUUAGGGGAGAAGUUGUACGCCGUCCUCUCCGAAUUCGGAUUGUCCAGCAAAUCCGUCUUCUGCGUGAUGCACGACAGCCCGCAGAGCGCGGCGGCGAACUCGCAGCGGCUGAAGAACGCGUACUUCCAGCAGGAUGCAAAAGCCACCUGCUCCUUGAACAGCAAGCUGGAAGCCAUCAAUAAAAGCAAGCUGAAACUGGUGAUGGACGCGGGGUCGCGCUGGAUAACCACCAUCGAGAUGUGCGAGAGUCUCUUAGAUCUGAAGUGGGCCAUCAUGUCCGUGCUGGAGGAACACCCCAAGGGCACGGUGGGCGUCCAGAACUUGGCCGAUCACCAGUGGAAGCUCCUGCAGGACUUGGUACCGGUCAUGAGGACGAUCAAAAUCGCCACUUCCUUCCUGCGCGAAGAGCAGAACGUAUCCGUGUCUUCUCUGAUGCCUUGUAUCCACGGGAUCGCCGCCCCCAUCGGACAGCAGUCGGAAGAAGCCGGCGCCGUCAUCAAGACGGUAGUAGGCAACAUCAGGUCAGAGCUGACGCGGCGUUGGGGUCUGUCGGAGGAUGAGAAAGUGCUAGAAAGCCCAGCAGUUAUCGCCUCUUUUUUGGACCCGCGCUUCAAGGAGAUGAGGUUUCUCAGCCCCAGCCUGCGGAGCGAGCUGCACAAGAGAGUCAAAAACAUGCUGUCACAGGUUUUCAACCACCAGUCCCCAUCCGCCACCCAGUUUUGGACCCCGAACUCGGAUUACAAAGCCGAGGGCGGAGAUACAGGCAGCCAGCUGCCCGCUCCCAAGGACAGAUGCUCGAGCACCCCGUCGCAGAGCAUGUACGACAUCCUUUUGGGGAAGGACCCGACGGAGAGCAUGCCCGAGAUCCACCAGCAGCUGGAAAACUACAUCGUGGAGCCUCUCUGCAAACGUAGCACCAACCCGUUGGACUGGUGGAAAAACAAUGAGCAUCGCUUCCCGGCCGUGGCGCGGUUAAGCCGGCAGUACCUCGCCGUCCCAGCCACCGCCGCCUUCGCCGCUAGCGAAAGCACCCUGGAGCAUCGGCGAGCCGUCCUGGCGCCGGAGAACCUGGACCAAAUUCUGUUCUUGCAUCAAAAUUUUGACUUUUUAGAAUCGAUGAGAAAGAGUAACGAGACUCGGAACAGAAACCUGCACUAA